CAUAACUAAAAUUACUCGUAUUAUAACCCAGAAUAGCAAAUUGUUGCCCCGGAAACCAGCAAAUAAGCUAUGGCAUCCUUUAAUUUCUCUCAACCUAUAGCCUCAUCAACCUCUCACUUUCUUCUUCAUUUUCUCUUCCUUUCCCACUAGCAAAAUCUGCAAGUUUCGAAUAAUCUGGUCUGCAAUGGAAGUCUUCGAGAAAGCGAAAGUGGUGCGUUUCAAGAGCCACCACGACAAGUAUUUGUUAGCCGAAGAAGAUGAAGAACACGUUUCCCAGGACCGCAAUGGCGCCGGCGAGAAUGCAAAAUGGACAGUGGAGUUUGUUCCGAAUGUGAACGUUCUGCGUUUGAAAAGCUGUUAUGGGAAAUACUUAACAGCUUCAAACAUGCCGUUUUUACUCGGAGUCACCGGGAAGAAGGUGCUGCAAACUCUUCCGGGGAGAUUGGAUUCGUCGGUCGAAUGGGAACCCAUCCGAGAAGGCGUCCAGGUGAAGCUGAAGACGCGAUACGGUUAUUAUUUGCGGGGCAACGGCGGCCUCCCCCCGUGGAGAAACUCAGUCACGCAUGACAUUCCACACAGAAGCCACACGCAAGAAUGGAUUAUAUGGGAUGUUGAUGUUUUAGAGUUUCAGAAACCUACUUCCGUUCCUCGGUCGCCGACCCCGCCGCCACACGCCGGACCGCGUCCACUGAAGGCUGUUGAGAAGAAUGCACCAGCGGAAACAUUUUCUCCUACUGCCUUUUGGCUAAAGUCCCCUUCAAAUGAGGAGGUAAUUUAGGUGUCCAUUAAAAAAAAUUGUGUUUUUAUUUUCUUUUUCUUUUAUAGAAAAUUAAAAAUGAUUGAAAAAAAUACGAAGAAUGUAAAACGUAUUCAACAUGUUCCUACGAAUACGUUAAGAAUUUGUUUAUUUAUUUUCAAUUGUAAUUUUCUGAUUAAAAUAUUAAUAAUACUUUAUGUUUUGUACAAAAUGUAUAUGUCAUUUUGUACGUAAUAUUCACAAAUUGUAUAUGUAAUUCCUUGUAACCCUGCCAAAUGUUAAGAUUUGUUUGCUUUGGACUCCA